GUGAUCACUGGAGGACAUUAUGACGUUGACUGUCGGUUGGAAGAUCCUGAUGGCAUCGUGUUGUACAAAGAGAUGAAGAAACAAUAUGAUAGCUUCACAUUUACUGCAUCCAGAAAUGGAACAUACAAGUUCUGUUUCAGCAACGAAUUCUCUACGUUCACACACAAAACUGUGUACUUUGAUUUCCAGGUUGGGGAAGAUCCACCUCUGUUUCCUAGUGAGAACAGAGUAACUGCACUUACCCAGAUGGAGUCUGCCUGUGUUUCCAUUCAUGAGGCUUUGAAGUCUGUCAUCGAUUAUCAGACUCACUUCCGCCUGCGGGAGGCGCAGGGCCGUAGCCGAGCAGAGGAUCUCAACACGAGGGUGGCCUACUGGUCAAUAGGGGAGGCAAUUAUUCUUCUCGUUGUUAGCAUCGGGCAGGUGUUUCUCCUCAAAAGCUUCUUCUCAGAUAAAAGAACCACAACAACCCGUGUUGGAUCCUAACUGGUAGUGGUAACGCUUCAGGUCAUUGUGUGCUACUCCUCUCUAAAAAUUAACCAUCCUUCAGUUAAUUGUAUGUUCAAAGGAUCUGAAUAUAUGCAACCUCCAAAUGUGUCUACCCCUCAUCCCUGAAAAAUCACAAAACAGACCCAAAAAGUUAUGAAAGGGACACACAAUUUGAAAUACUUCAAAAACA